GAACGCAGGGAGCACUACAGACGAUUGCUGCCACCUGAGCCGGGAGCUGACGUGGCGAGCGAGGAGAGGGCGGUGGUGGCGGUGCGGCUUCCAGACGGGAUGGUGUGCAGGCGGGAGUGGCGGAGAGCAGACACUGUGGGGGACGUCUAUAACUGGCUGCACACGCUCCCCCAAAAGGACCUCCUCCCCUUCCCCCUCUCCCGGGCGGCUCUCACCACCACCUUCCCCCGCCGCUUGCUGCCCCGCGCUGCCUUUGUCUCCAUCUCCCUAGCGCAU